GUGUUAAUCCGGAUUUAAUAUCUGGGAAGAAAAUUGGUGUUUACGUUGGUGUCUGUCAUUCUGAAUCUGAAAAGUCUAAUAUCUAUUGUCCUAGAGUUAAGACCGGUCUUGGUAUAACAGGGGUUUUAAGCACAUGUCCCAAUGGCAAAACAAAAUCCUUUGAUACAAAUGCUGAUGGAUGCGCAAAAUCUGAAGCUAUCAAUGUAGUUUUCCUUCAAAAAGCAAAAGAUGCUUUGAGAAUUUAUGCAGAGAUUGUUAAAGUUAAAUGUGAAUUUACCGAUUUAUGUUUAGAUGAAACGGGACCUAUAUAUGGUUUCUACCGUAGACCCGAAAACAUGUCUAAUUUUUUAAAAAGAUUUUAUGAUGAAGUAAAUGUUUCCCCUAAAGCGGUGGAAUAUCUUGAAGCUGUUGGUUCAGCUAUUCCUGAAGCUGAUAAAUCCGAGUUAGAAGCUAUAAGCGAAAUUUUUUGCAAGGAUAGAAUCAAUCCACUCUUGGUCGGAAGUGUGAUGUCUAACAUUGGAUAUACUGCAGCAGCUUCGGGGUUGUCAGCUCUUACAAAGGUUAUCCUGGGCUAUGAAACCGGUAAAAUCGCCGCCAAUCUUCAUUGUGAUUCACCUCGACAAGACGUACCGGCUUUAAGGGAAGGAAAAAUUCGCCUUGUUACUGAUCAUACAGAUUUCGGCCGCUCCUAUACAGCUAUUAACGGGCUUUCAAUUACUGGUGUCAAUACACAUGUUCUCUUAAAUGGAUGCUAUAAGCCAAAGAAUUCAUUUGUUGGAAUUGCUGCUGUGCAAAUUGGUCUGACUGAUGUUUUGAAAGAAUUAGGCAUUAAACCUGACAAGAUUAUUGUUAAAUUUCAUGUUUUAAAAUUCCAUGCAAAUUCAUCCGACGUUAAAGAACUUGAGCAUAGCAAGUGUAAAUCUUUAAAACCAUAUUAUAACAGCUAUCUGGUAAUGGCUGAAAACAUUAAAAUUAUAUCUGGUUAUAUUACUGCUGAUAUAAGCAAUAACAGAAUAUUAGAAGUAAAUUCUAAAUGUUAUGACAGUACCCAGCUUUGUUCCAAAGAUAUAUAUGAAUUGCUCCAUACACGAGGCUACAAUUACACACAUGAUUUCCGCAGUAUAUACAGCUCUAAUUUUUCUUUAACUGAAGCUCAAAUAAAAUGGCAAAAUAAUUGGAUUACAUUUAUUGACGGCAUGCUUCAACUAAGCGCGCUCAGCUGUAAUCAUAAGAUGAUCUGUAUGCCAGAAGCUUUCAGCAAACUGACGAUCGAUGUAGAGAACCAUUUCAAUAAUAUAUCAAACGCUGAUGAACAAAACAUUUUGAUCGCCAAUAUAUUAAAAACACAAGGUUGUAUAAAAUGCGGCGGUGUGAUUAUAGAACAUAUAAAAUAUAAAAAUUUGCCACCGUUGAAUAAAAACGUCGUUUCCCUAAAAACUAAAAAAUUUGUACCUCAUUUCCCAACAAACAAUUCAGACGAACUAACAGCAUCAUACAUAUUUUUACAAAUAGCCGCUGAGAAUUUAAAUAAACAAUUCAUUAACGUUGUUGAAAUCCUGAGAGACGAAACUGCUAAAUCUAACUUUGAGGCGAUCAGAGGUAUUUCUAACAACAUCUCUGGAAUUAGGACACAACACUCUUUUGUUUACAGAGACAAAAUUUUAGAAGAUGGUGAAAAGAUAAAUAGCACUGACCUAUUAUUAACCACAAACUUAUCUUCUGAUAAAUACAUGGAUCAAAUGCUACAGCGCAUAUUAAAAUGCGAUAGUCUUUUGGUUAAUAAAGAACUAGACAUAGAAGGAAAAUUCAACAGAUGCCCUUCGAUGUUGUAUCGCAGUGUAAAUGCACAUAUUAUUAAUAAUUAUAACCGUAUAGAAUUAGCUAUAUGGAAACCUAAAGAUUCUAAUGGCUCUAGUGUAUACACGGUUCGUUCACCAUCAGAUUUAUCAUAUGUAUCAUCUUUGAUAUCGACUAUUCCUUUGAGUCAAAAAGUUUAUUUACUAGCCAGUUACCCACUUGUUAAAGGAUUGAAAUCCCUGAUUAAAGAAUGGAGAAAUGAAAGAAAAGUAUAUUUGACUUUAAUACAUCAAGAUGAAUGGGAUGAUAAACUUUUAAAUGAAAUACUGUUCAAAGAUUUAGUGACCAACAUUUACAAAAAUGGUGUCUGGGGAGGAGAAUAUAUUUUGCCAUUGGAAGAGACCUCCACGCCAAAACAUAAUAUUAUGUUGAAAUGCGCCCGAGCUGGUGAUUUCGACUCGAUAUAUUGGAUUGAGGCACCACAAAAAUAUGAUAGCGGUAUUAAUGUAGAUGUUCACUAUGCUGGCAUUAAUCUAGUGUAUUUAAAGGAAGAAGCUGGAAUCAUUAAUUCGUACAACACCGAUGGGCAGCGAGCCUUUAAAGUAGACUUCAGCGGUAUAACUGAAGCGGGAAAUCGUGUAAUGGGUAUAGUUCCUGAUCAAGUAAUAAGCACACAAGUUAAAGCGCAACCGGAAUUAUUGUGGCCAGUUCCAGAUCACUGGAGUCUUGAAGACGCUGCCACUGUGCCUUUGGCUUACUGUAUCGCUUUCUACUGCUUGAUGAUAAAAACCCAGCUUAUUCCCGGACGACGUGUACUUAUCCAUGGCGGUGCCGGCGCUCUAGGUCAGGCUUUAAUAUCUAUUGCCUUAGCUUUCCAUUGCAAGGUCUUUGCUACAGUUAGCGACAUACGCAAGAUACAUUUCCUGCAAAAACUAUUUCCUCAACUGCAAGAUGAUCAUAUCGGAAACUCCUGCGACCACAGCUUCGGAGACAUGGUUCUCGGGGCUACCGGAGGUGAGGGUUGCGACGUUAUCGUAAGCUGCGUCCAGGGAGAACUUAAAAAUACUACGUUAAAAUGCUGUGCCACGUCGGGUAUAACUCUCGAUACAACACAAUUACUGAGCCGUGAAGAUUUUAACUUUGGAAUGUAUAAUCUAACGAAAUGUCGUUCUUAUGCAAGGAUCAACUUCUCUACAAUCUUUACAAAUCCAGAACAACUAUUGGAAUUGCAAGCAUUGGUCUGUGAGGGUAUAGCACGUGGUUACGUUAGACCAUUAUCACGCCUAACGUUCAUGCCACAAGAGGCUCCGAGAGCUUUCCGAAUUCUAGUUGCCAGACGCCACCGCGGUCGAGUGUUACUUGAUGUACGGCAUCAUGGUGUAAACAUUCCAGUUCCAAGAUUAAGAUGUGCUUCUGAUAUGUGUCAAGUGAUCCUGUCUAAAAAUGAAGAGUUAGGCAUUCAGUUAGCGGAGAGACUUGCAAACCGCGGUGCACGAAACAUAUAUCUAUACUGUGAAAAAAUAUCUAAUAUACUGCUAUUUAAGCAAAGAUCUUGGCAAGAAGAUGGAGUAAAUAUCAAGGUAUCACAAGAAAAUCUAAAUCAAGCCAACUUAGUUGAUUUGAUCAAGGGCAAUAUUAAUAGAGCUAUAGAAGGAUUAUAUUUGUAUGACAUAAUUUCUCAAAAGGAAGAAAUCGAUAAGUCAGAAGAAAUAAUUUUAAAAGUUAAAAAAAUGAUUCCAAAGCUAAAACACUUUGCAAUAAUUAAUUCCAACUUCAACAUCAAUGAGCAGAUCGAUGUGGGUAGAAGUCGAGAACCAUUACUUGUCUGGGUUAAUUUGCCGUUACUGGACAAGCUGGAUGAAUGGGAAAAAAGUUAUUCUUCAGAAGAAUCAAUAUCAUCUUUAACUGCUGUUGAUGUUGUGGAAAAAGCGCUGUGUUCUAAACAGUCAGUUGUAAUCGCUUCAAAAGUAACACUACCACAUGUUCCUUUAAUGCAAGCAAUUUCCAAAAUGGCAGGUAUUAAUAUAGAAGAUAAGACUCCUGAGAAGAAUACAUUAAAAGAUUUGGGUAUAGAUUUAGCUAAUUCCGAGGCAAUACGAGCAUAUUUGCAUUAUGAGCACGACAUAUCUUUGACUAAUCAAGAUAUGUCUUCACUUACUCUAAAAACG